AUGGUAAAGCUUACAGUAAAUGAUCUACUAGAAUGUCAAAAUAUAAUCCAAUAUAGACAUACUAAUCUCGUCUGCUUGUUUUCCGCCUUGAUGGUUGACAACCACUUUUGCAUGGUGAUGGAAUACGUAGCAAAUGGCAGUUUAAGAUCAAAAUUGAAGGCAAAGGAUGAAAAUUUAGACUAUUCGGUUAGGCUACAAAUUUGCAGAGGCAUAGCAGAGGGAAUCAAUUAUCUACAUACAGCGUUCAUGACAUAUCUUGUACACAGAGAUAUUAAAUCUGAUAAUAUAUUGCUUACGGAAGACUAUACUCCCAAAAUAUGCGAUUUCGGCCUGGCAAAAAUAUUAUCUGCAAGAAUAGAUCAUGGAAAUAGUGCUAUAUUUACUGAAACUAUAUGUGGGACUGAACCUUACUUACCUCCAGAAUCAUUUCAAGGAAUAGUCUCACGGCGUUUUGAUGUCUAUAGCUAUGGAGUUGUGUUACUAGAAAUUAUAUCAGGAAAACCAGCAACCUUUAGUGAUCUGGAAGGGUGUCGCUUCUUGGCCAAUUACUUUCUUCAUUGUUACAAUCAUGAUAAAUCAACGUUUCCAAUCGCUGAAACGGCUUCUUGGCCUAAUAAUAUUAAAAAAAAACUAAUGAAACUUGCAAAGAACUGUCUAAAGCGCAAUUACAGAGACAGACCUCAAAUGGAUAAGGUGACUACUAAACUUGCAAAGAUCAAUUUAAUGCAAGAUAAUUCUCCUGACAGUAAACUGACAAGGUUCUUCUCGCGCAUUUAA